CUACAUUAGGCAUUUGAUGGUAAAACCUCAUUAUUCCCGCUCCCUUUAACUUGUAUCUCUGGAUAACCCAUUUUCGCUUGAAUAAUCAGUUGCCCGAUAGCUUGGUAAAACUUAGAUAAAUAAAUAUUCCUUUUUGGGUUGGUGUAUUGGAACAUUUUAGGGGUGAGCAUGCAGCAGUGUCAUGUAGGCUAGAGCAGCAUGGUAAAUGUUUUUUUUAAGAGUGCAUUCAGCAGUGUAAAUGCCUCGGGGGGUCAGCGGACUAAUGUUUCCGGAGCGGAUAGUAAACGUUGAGGUAGUAAAACCUUUGUGUGUGGGUGGCGUAAAUCUUUAGCGACCGUCACUUCACGAGGUAAUUGAGUGGCUGGGCGGGCGAAGGAGGUGGAGGGGCAGAGGAGCAGACUGUUUGUUAAGCAGCUGGAAUAGAAUUCAAGGUCGGAGCUGACGGGACCGGGGCGUCGAGAGAGGACGGAAAGGUUGAGAUAGAACGCCGCGACGGCGAGGAAGUGAAGCGGGGCGGCGGAGGUGAUGGCGGGGGAUCCCGGACGCGUGGCUCGCCGCGGAGGACUCUCGGGAAAGGGUAGGGCAGCGCUGCUCUGUGCCCGCGAGUAACGUACCUGCGGCCGGCGACCGGAGACCAGCCUUGUGCCGGGAUAAAGUCCCGCAUCGCAAACCGCUCGGCGCCCGGAAGUUUGCUACCUGUUGCCGAUCGGUCAACCACGCGAGCAAAGUUUUCGUUACCACAAUCCAAUCCUCAUUCUGAAGAAACAUUCAAUGGACGAGAGAUCAAGUAACGAUCUGAAGCAGAAACGUACAGAAAACGCUUCGCAGGAAAUAUGACAUUUGGCUGCGAACCCUCGGCGGGCGCCGUCCUCUGGUACGUGGUGUUCUUCGGCUUCGCCAUCAACUACAUGGUGCGCAUCAACGUCAACAUCGCCAUCGUGUCGAUGGUGCAGCCGCGGGGACGGCCGGCCGGCGAGACGGACGCACGGGUCAGCGAGUGCUUCCCGGCGGGGGGGGACGAGCCCUCGCCGCCGAGGGGGGGAGCCGCCGGAGGGAACGCGUCAGCGCCGCGCGUCGCGGAGGAGGAGCCCGCGCAGUUCCCGUGGGACGAGCACCAGCAGUCCCUGGUGCUGGGCGCCUUCUUCUGGGCCCACUGGGCGACCCAGCUGCCCGGCGGCGUGCUGGCCCAGCGAUACGGCACCAAGCUCGUCUUCGGCCUCAGCAACUGGCUGCAGUGCCUGCUGAGCUUCUUCAUCCCGCUGGCCGCCCAGCUCGACCUCCGGAUCCUCGUCUUCAUCCGGUUCCUGCAGGGCCUCAUCGCGGGUUUCGCCUGGCCGUCCAUGCACAACCUUACGGCGGCAUGGGUCCCACCCAACGAGCGGAGCAAAUUCGUCACGUCGUACAUGGGCAGCUCCGUCGGAGUGAUGGUGACGUUCCCCCUGUUCGGCUGGCUCACGGGCGUGCACGGCUGGCCGUCCGUGUUCUACGUGACAGGGGCGCUGGGCACGGCGUGGUUCUGCGCCUGGUGGCUGCUCGUGUUCGACACGCCCGCGGAGCACCCGCGCAUGUCCAGCGAAGAGCGCGACCGCAUCGAGGACAGCCUCCGCCACUCCAAGGCCAGCAAGAAGUUGCCAACCCCGUGGAAGCACAUCCUGCUGUCGGCGCCGGUGUGGAUGAACAUCGUGGCACAGUGGGGGGACACCUGGGAGAUGUUCACGCUCACCACGCAGGCCCCCACCUACUUCAAGUACAUCCACGGCUGGGACGUCGGCAUGACGGGCCUGCUGUCGGGACUGCCGCACCUCUGCCGCAUCGUGGUCGCCUACUUCAUGGGCGUGCUGUGCGACUGGCUGCUGCAGAGCGACGUGCUCCCGCGCACGGCCGUCAGGAAGAUCGCCACAGCCGUGUGCUGCAUCGGCCAGGGCGUCUUCACCGUGGGGCUGGCGUUCAGCGGCUGCAACAAGCUGGUGUCGGUUGCCUGCCUGAUGCUGGCGACGGGAAUGAGCGGCGCCAUCUCGAGCGGCCCGCUGGCGAGCCACAUCGACCUCAGUCCCAACUUCGCGAGUAUCCUACUCGGCGUGGGGAACAUGAUCACUGUAAUCCCAGGCAUCAUAUCGCCCAUCAUUGUCGGCAUCCUCACGUACCACAACCAAACGGUGGGGCAGUGGCAGACGGUGUUCCUGAUCACGGCGGUGAUGUCAGCCUCGGUGGGCGUCUGCUACCUGCUGUGCGGGUCCUCGGAGCUGCAGGAAUGGAACGACCCGGCGCCCACCCAGGGGCUGAAGCUGCUGUCCGGCGCGGGGCAGGCUCUUCUGCCCGAGCACGGCACGCCCACGGCGCGGCGCGGCGCGGAGGACGCGUGACUCCCCGCGCCGUCCCCCCCCCCCGCCUCCCCGGGCUCCAGCCGGCUGCCUCCCCGCGUCUCCCUGCGCCCUCAGGCGGGUCUGCUCGAGCGUUCUUCUCGGCGAAGCCGCGUCACGCCCAGGGGCGUAGCCAGGGAUGGGGGGGGGGGGGGG